GCAUAGUCCAAUUUUUUCCAUUAUUAUCUCUCUUUUGUGGACUUUCUUUGGUUUUAACUAUCUUUCUUAAGGUUCCCCUAACAAAUCCCGUGCACUCUUAAAGUUCAAUAACCUAAUGCUAAUAACCCUUAAAUCCUCCUAACAAUAUGUAAUAUUUCUUUGACAUUUUGGUUAUCAGUAGCAUCUGUCUUGUUACUCCAUCUCCAUUGGUUAUUGUGAUUGCUAAUGUAUAUGGUUUAGUCCAUGAAAGCAUCUUAUUUUCUUUAUUAAAGUGCAUAAUGUCUGUGUUACAAACUUACAAUUUGUUUUUAAGCUGAAUUAGUUGAAUGCUGUUGAGUCAAUGCUUUUCAUUUUUAUAUUGGUUUGUUAAAGUUAUGAUUUUAUGAGCACUCUUCGGAACUCUCCAUGUCUUAGUUUGACUUGAAAAUUUACGUAUCUUAUCUGAAUGAGUUUAAUCUUUUUUUUGGAGAUGAUUAAUUUGUGUUCGGAGAAGCAGUUUUUUCAAGGCCAAGUGCAGCUGUUAAUUACCUGGUUUGAUAAUAUUAUGGAGAAACAGUUAAACAUAUAUUUUACAUGCUAAGUAAAAUUUCUAAGGCAAUAUGAUUAAGUGAUUCAUAGUAAGUGGGAUGGGAAGUGGAUUCCUGAAAUUUCAGGAUACUCAUUAUCAUUGCAAACCCUGGGGAUUGGAUUUCAAUGGGUGGGAUUACAUUCCAUUCCCUUUCUUCCUGUUCCUGUGCAUGAACAAAUUAUAAAAAGCUUUUCCAAUAUCAUCUCUCCAAUCCAUCGGUUCAUCUAAAGCUUUGGUUACAUAUACUAUAUAGAUUAUGGAUGCUUGAUUAUAGGUGGUUUCUGGAGAUGUCAAUGACCUUGUUUUAUUAUAUGAGCAAACUUUUGCUGACUUCUGUCUUCUGUUAAAACGAUGAUGUUCCUGAAUGAACAUGUGUAUGGUUUUUGCUUUUCCUAUUGAUCUGAAAGUCUUUGUUGGUUGUGUAGAUGGGUGAAGAUGAAAAUAAAAUAGAAUGUUUAGUAGGAAUGAAAGAGGAAAGAAACAAUUUUAAAAAAUGGUGUUCAACUAUGGUUGAAUCAUUUCCUUCUCCACCAAACUAUUCUUCUGAUCAAGGAAUGCAGCCUGAGAUACAGAGGUUGAGAAUAUUAGUUGGUCCUCCACUAAGAAGUCCACCAAAACAUCAAACUGUGUUAGACUCAUUGAUGCCUGCUUUUUCUUCUGUUGACUCUGAGACUGCAAGUAGUUCAGCACCUGUUGACAAGGAUAAAUUCAUCCGUCCAGAAAGUUUAAAUAACUUUGUAAUAUUUUGCACCAGUGAUUUUACAACUGUUUCCAAAGAAGUUCAUGUAAGGACCCGCCGAGUACGAUUAAUUGGGUUAGAGGGAGCUGGUAAAACUACUCUUUUAAGGGCUGUCUUGAAUAAAUGUAAACCAAAUACUGCUGCCAAUGAUGAUGCUGUUUCAGAGGUUGUGCGAGAAGUUAUUGUUGAUGGUUUGUGCUAUUGUGACUCCAGUGGAAUAAAUACGCAGGAACUAAAUGUGGAAACCUCUCGCUUCAGGGAUAAACUGUGGCUUGGAAUACGUGAUCUAAGUCAGAAGACAGAUUUGAUUGUUUUUGUUCAUAACUUAUCCCAUAGCAUACCCCGUUGUAGUAAUUCAAAUGAUAAUCAACAAAGGCCAGUCCUGUCUCUUUUCUUAGAUGAGGCUAAAACUCUUGGAAUUCCUUGGGUUCUUGCAAUCACAAACAAAUUUGCAGUUAGUGCACACCAUCAAAAGGCAGCAAUUGAGGCUGCUUUGACAGCAUACCAAGCAUCACCUGGCUCGGCUGAAGUUAUAAAUUCUUGUCCGUAUGUUAUGCCCGGAUUUGUUGGGGCUUCUAUUUCUUUGGAUGCAAUCAAUACAAAUUCUACUAAAAGGGUGGGUGCUGAAAAGUUUAUAUUUGCUCCUAUUAACUUCAUUAGGAAGCCUUUCCUUAAAAGGGAGAUUGUUUUUCCAGUAGAAGGAGUAAAUUCUCUCUGUCAGCAAAUUCACCAAAUACUCCGAAGUGGUGAGGAGUCUUCCUUUCAGGUGGGAAAAUCUGUAUUAUGUCAAAUCUCGUACUUGUUUGAAUAAUUUUACUAGUACAUUAUUUUUGUUUUGCAUAUAUUUUACUUCUAAACUGUGAUUAUGGCCAUUAGAAUAACACACUUUAUUAUUAAUUAAAAUUUAUUGAGAUUCCUCUUUGCUAUUUGACAAGACUCUUAUGCUAUGUCUGAAUUGGGGGAUGAAUUUGUGAGAGUGG